CCUGCCGCCGCUGACGCCUCUCUCUGUCUUUCUGUCUGUCUGUCCCUCCAGCACAGCGAUGGCUUGGUUUUUGUGUAUUUUUAUGUUUUUGGCAGUCGGGCUGGCUCUGAUGCUGCUGCAGGUGAAGCUCAGGACGUCCCAGCGGGGCUCUCAGGAGCUUCCCAGCCUCCCGGCGCUGCCCAUCAUUGGCAGCCUGCUGAGUCUGCGGAGCUCGCAGCCGCCGCACGUGGUGUUCCGGGACCUGCAGGCCAAAUACGGACAGACGUACUCUCUGAUGAUGGGCUCCCACAAUGUGAUCAUAGUCAACCAGCACAGCCACGCCAAAGAAGUCCUGCUGAAGAAGGGCAAGAUCUUCGCGGGAAGACCCAGAACUGUCACCACAGAUGUGCUGACCAGAGAUGGGAAAGACAUUGCCUUUGGAGACUACAGUCCCACCUGGAGGUUCCACCGAAAAAUCGUCCACGGAGCGCUGUGCAUGUUUGGAGAGGGCUCCGCUUCCAUCGAGAAGAUCAUCUGUCGAGAGGCCGGGUCCCUGUGUGUCAUCCUGUCUGAGGCGGCGUCCAGCGGCCUGGCUCUGGAUCUCUCUCCAGAGCUGACCCGGGCCGUCACCAACGUCAUCUGCUCGCUCUGCUUCAACUCGUCCUACCGCCGAGGAGACCCCGAGUUCGAGUCCAUGCUGCGCUACAGCCAGGGCAUCGUGGACACUGUGGCCAAGGACAGCCUGGUGGACAUCUUCCCCUGGUUACAGGUUUUUCCCAGUGUAGAGCUGCGUCUCCUGAAGCAUUGUGUUUCAAUCAGGGACAGUCUUCUUCAGAAGAAAUAUGAUGAACACAAGGCAGACUACAGUGACCAUGUGCAGAGAGACCUGCUGGACGCCCUGCUGAGAGCCAAGCGCAGCGCCGAGAACAACAACACGGCUGAAAUCGGCGCAGAGUCGGUGGGCCUCAGCGACGACCACGUCCUCAUGACCGUAGGUGACAUCUUUGGAGCCGGCGUGGAGACCACCACCACGGUGCUCAAAUGGGCCGUCACCUACCUUAUCCACCACCCACAGGUGCAGAGGCGUAUCCAGGAGGAGCUGGACAGUAAGAUAGGGGGGGACCGGACCCCACAGCUCAGUGACAGAGGCAGUCUGCCCUACCUGGAGGCCACCAUCAGGGAGGUGUUACGUAUUCGUCCUGUGGCCCCUCUGCUUAUCCCCCACGUGGCCCUCAGUGACACCAGCCUCGGGGAAUUCACGGUGAGGAAAGGAGCUCGAGUCAUCAUCAACCUGUGGUCUCUGCACCACGACGAGAAGGAAUGGAAAAACCCAGAGCUCUUUGACCCUGGACGCUUCCUGAACAAGGAGGGCACGGGCUUGGUGAUCCCGUCACCCAGCUACCUGCCGUUCGGUGCCGGGGUGAGGGUGUGUCUGGGGGAGGCCUUGGCCAAGAUGGAGCUCUUCCUCUUCCUGUCCUGGAUCCUGCAGCGCUUCACCCUCACCGUGCCGGCAGGCCAGCCGCUGCCCAGCCUGGAGGGCAAGUUCGGCGUGGUCCUCCAGCCGGCCAGACACAAAGUGAACGCCACGCCCAGACCGGGAUGGGGGGGGGGCAAGGCCCCAUCAUGCUAACAUCAUCUCUGACUGUUUUUCCCCCACUCCCUCUAGAGCAGUGUUUCUCCACCACGUGGCCCGCACGUCUGGAGGUUUUCAGUCUGACAAAAUACCACAGUGGGCUCAUUCCACUGUGAGGCCCCUCCUCCCCGGUUGCAGGUGUUUAUCAGUGAGAUCAGGCUGCUGCAAAAUGGAAUGCUGCUUUGGUUGGAAUGAAAACCGGCAGUCUUGGCACGAUUCAAAGCCACUGCUGUUGAAUGUUUUUGUGACACAGACUCCCAGACAGAACACAUUAGGACAUCAGAGCCCCAUUUGAUGACAUGUUGUCCUAAGGAUCCAUAUCACAAAGUGUUUGUUGUGUAGUGUUGAACUGUAGAGCUGUCUACUUUAUGAUGAAAAGAGUCACAUUUUGUAACUGCAAUAAUUUCUGUUGAAUUAUGAUAAAAAUUAGCUUUUUUAAACAAGGAAGCACUGCAAAUGCUGUCUAUUUCUGCUGUCCAGUCACUUUGACUGUCAUUGUGUGCACAUACAGCUUUUAUUCACUGACGAGUAAAGACGGACUCUGGAAAGUGGUGUUAUUUUACACACACACUUGAACAUGAAACAGACAGAAAACAGUCCAUUUUGCAGCUAACUUUGUUUCGAGUCAACACAGACGCUAAAACACACUUUUGAAUGUGUCUUUUUCUGUCAAUCUACAAGUCAAUGAAUGAAACCAAGUUCACUGUCAACAGACCUUCACCAUUCAAUGCAUCAAUGGUCGAUGUGUAGUUACUAUUCAAUACAUAACAUAUGGGGUUGAUAUUAAAAUUGUUACAUCCUAUAUUAGUCAUCAAAACACAAAUAAGCAACAGCAUGCACAAAUGGUUCUCCGCAUCUUUUAAUAACCAUUUUUUGUCGUGUUUUAUACAAAAUGUGACAGAAAAACAGAAAAAUAUAAUUUCACUUAGCGGAUAAUAAAGAGAGCUUAUAUACAGAUGUAGCACCAGAGGUUGAAAGACCACUGUUCAAUGCUGCAUAUGGAAAAGUGCUGAACUGACAUAAUCGGGGGAUAUUGCACCCAGUGCACUGUAUUGUUUUGGUUUCACUGGCAGCUUCCCCACUAUUUUAAUACAAUUACAGAUGGAGUGUAUCCUUGA